AGGGUAAUAAAUAAGUUGAAAAAUAAUUAUACAUUAAUCGGGAUAAGCAAUACACGGUUAUAAAUUAAUUUUUAUUUAUUUUGUAAUUUAAAUUUAAUAAUUUAUAUUAUAUUAAAAUAUUGUAAAUUAUAAUUGAGAAAUAAAAAUGACUUUUAAAAGAUGAAAUAUAAAAAUAUGGAUAUUGUGACACAAAUAAUGGUAAAUUUAAUAUGUGAAAUUAUUCAAUGAAACUUUCAAUAUUUUUAUAAAUUUAUGUCUAUGUUGUAACUUUGGUUAAAUGCUGAAUAUAAAUUUAUAAAUGCUAGUUACUAUAUUAUCUUAAUUUAUUUUUUAAACUUUUAAUAUUUUUAUAAAUUUAUGUUUAUGUUGUAACUCUAGUCAAAUGCUGAAUAUAGAUUUACAAAUGCUGGUUACUAUAUUAAUUUAAUUUAUUUUUAAAAUAAAUUAACUUAACUUGUUAUUAGAGUUCUUAUUUAAACAUUAUUAUCUUUAUUUUUUUUUAUUAUACUCCAUGCGGUUCCUGUUAUAAAAUCACAUUGAAAAAACUAUAAAUUACUUAAAAGAAACUCUAUAUUAUAUGUGAAAUUAUUGAUUUUUUUUCUUUCAAAUAAUCAAAAUUUUCAAAUAAAAUACUAAAAUAUUCUAAUGCACUUUUCAAUACACUCUAAUACACCUUUAUAUUAUAUUCUCAUCCGUUUCUUACUCCAUAAUAGUCUUAUUUUAUUGUCAUAUUUUAAUUUUUUUUAUUCUAAAUCUGUAACUGUAUAUAUAUUAAAAGAAGGGAUAAUCAACAUUUAUAUAGGUGAGAUUUGAGUUAUCCCCUAUAAUUUUUUUGAUUGUCCUCAGGAAAUAUGAAAAGUUCUAUGUUUUUGCCCUAUAUGACCCCUUUGUAAAAUGGUUUUUUAUUUAUUUAUUUAUCUGAUUUUUCAUUUUUUUACACGCUUAGGAGUACCUUAAAAUUACAGAGAAACAAUCCAAAAAAAAUAUUACAUAGAGUAACCUAAAUGUCACCUAUAUAAUCAAGGAUAAAUGUUCUUUAAAAGAAUAUCUCUUCUCAUUCUAAGUAUGUAACUGUUUAUAUAUUAAAACAAUAUUAUUUCUCAUAUGAAUCAUUGAAAGGUCGUUGUAGUUUUCAACUAAGUAGCCAUUAGACAACCGUGAUAAUUCAUAUGAAUUAUUGUAGCCCAAUAAAGGACCAAGGUAUUUAUUACUAAUAUAAGAAAAUAAUAUAUCAUCAAAAUUACUUAAUUAACCUAAUUAACACAGUUUAACAACCUUAAUUCAUAUCUUUAAUUAUAAUUUCAUUUAAUUAAUUAUUACUAAAUCUGAAAAAUUAUUAAUACUCCAUUUAUUUAAUAUUUUUUUAUAAAUAUUUUUAUUUUCCAAUGUUCCAACCAACUAUAUAAUUAGGGGUGACAAAGCGGACGGCCCGCUCGGUCCCAUCAUAUGUCCACCAAAAAAAGAGCGGGGUAGGCAAGCCCGCAAAUUGAAAUAGGCACAAAAACUUAACCUGCCCUGUCAAGGUGGCGGGCUUGCCCGUGUAUUUUUUUAUUUUAUUUUUUUAUUUUUUUAAUUAUUUUUAUAUUUUAAUUAGAUUUUUCACAUAGUUUUUAGAACAAUUUUUUAUAAAGCAUUUUUUAACAAAUUUUACUUAAAAAUAUUGCAUAUAUUCACAAAUAAAUGUAUAAAAUAAAACUAUCAAGAAUUAAAAUUAGUAGAAUUAACUUAAAAAAUAGCGGAAUUUGACGGAGCGACGGGCUAUGGCGGACGGCGAGUUUUAGCGAGGCGGGCUAUGGCAGACGGCGGGCCUAAAAUGUCAACCCAACCCACCAUUUUCUGGCGGGUGCGCGGGCCGGGCCAGCGGGCCACAACCCGUUUUGCCACCCCUAUAUAUAAUACCUUAGAAAUUAAUUCUUAGAUUCAUUUUUCUUUUGUAACGUGCAUAUUAUCUUCUUGAGCCAAGUGAAGAUUACUCUGCAUUGAAUCAAUUUCCUUAACCUUUCCCAUUCCCACAUUCAAUUUUCAUUCCUCCAGGCCUAACAACAACCAUUUCCUCCUUCAAUCCUAAACUCCUUCUUCAAUCUCAAAACAGAGUAAAUUUUAGAUUUUUUUUCCAAACCCUAAUUUUUUUUUUUUAUCCACUUUUAUUUACCUUUUCAUUUUCGAAUGCAAAAACAAAAAUGAGUCGAAGGGCUGAAUGUAUUAAGGAGAAUAACAACAUCAAGGAAAGUUGGAGAUUGGCAGUUCGAAUCGUUGAUGCUUGGAUCAUUGUUAACAAUAAGGGAAUCAAGCAUAUAGAGAUGGUUUUAAUGGAUGCAUCGGAAAUAUAUAAAGAGUAUGCACAAAUCAGCGCUCAGAAGCUUUGACUCAGAAGGUUCAGCAUGCAACAUCAGAACAUGGUCUGGCAAGACAUCAGAAGAUGGUCAAAGCAGAAUCAGAACAUGGGUCUAUGGAAGCAUCAGAAGAACUUGAGUUUAGAAGCAGAAGCACUGAAGUUCUCAUGGUAUCACGCUCAGAAGCACUUCAAGGUCAGAGGACAAGAAGAUGCUCUGCACCAAGCUGUUUGACUCUAAUGAUAUUCAAACGUUGUAUUCACAAACAUCAGAUCAGAAGCAAGUACAAGAUGGCAGGCUACGCUGACUGACAAAAGGAACGUUAGAAGCUAUUAAAGGCAACGUCAGUAGACACAGCGUAAACAAGGCUCGAGGUAGUUGACAAAAGAGUGAAACAUUAAAUGCAAUGUUGUACGGAAUACGCAAAGCAUUAAAUGCUCCCAACGGUCAUCUUCUCAAAGUGCCUAUAAGUAUGAAGUUCUGAUGAGAAGCAAGGUUACCGAUUUUGACGAAUUCUGUGAAUACAAACUUGCUGAAACGCUGUUCAAAUCAAAACUCACAAACUUCAUCUUCAUCAAAGCUCACUACAUUGCUGUUGUAAUAUAUUAGUGAGAUUAAGUUUAAACUUUAAGAGAAAUAUCACUGUUGUGAUUAUAGCUUUUCAGAAGCAUUGUAAUACUCUUAGAAUUUGAUUACAUUAAUUUGUAAGUAACUAGAGUGAUCAAGUGUGAUCAGGAUACUCUAGAAAGUCUUAGCUUGUGUCUAAGUAGUUGUAACUAGAGUGAUCACGUGGUGGUCAGGAUACUCUAGAAAGUCUUAGCUUGUGUCUAAGCAAUUGUUCCUAGAGUGAUCAGGUUGUGAUCAGGAUACUCUAGAAGACUUAGUCGCGGGCUAAGUGGAAAACCAUUGUAAUCUGUUGAGAUUAGUGGAUUAAAUCCUCAGGUGAGGUAAAUCACUCCAAGGGGGUGGACUGGAGUAGUUUAGUUAACAACGAACCAGGAUAAAAAUAACUGUGCAAUUUGUUUUUAUCGUUCAAGUUUUUAGACUACACUUAUUCAAACCCCCCCCCCCCUUUCUAAGUGUUUUUCUAUCAUUCAAUUGGCAUCAGAGCGCCGGUUCUAAGGUGCAAGCACUUAACCGUGUUUAGAAAAGAUUCAAGAAGAGAAAAACGCUUCAGUAAAAGAUGGCUGGUGAAAUUCCAACAAACCCACCUGCAUCUACAUCUGGCUCUGCUGAGCAAUAUAAUGGUAACAAUGGUUAUACUAGACCACCAGUAUUUGAUGGUGAAAACUUUGAAUACUGGAAAGAUAAACUGGAAAGUUACUUUCUUGGUCUAGAUGGUGAACUAUGGGAUCUUCUGAUGGAUGGUUACAAACAUCCAGUGAAAGCUAGUGGCGUAAGGCUUACAAGGCAAGAAAUGGAUGAUGAUCAGAAGAAGCUUUUCAAGAAUCAUCAUAAAUGUAGAACUGUUUUGCUGAAUGCUAUCUCUCAUGCUGAGUAUGAGAAGAUAUCUAACAGGAAAACGGCCUAUGAUAUAUAUGAGUCAUUGAAAAUGACCCAUGAGGGAAAUGCUCAAGUCAAGGAGACUAAAGCUCUUGCUCUAAUCCAGAGAUAUGAAGCCUUCAAGAUGGAGGAUGAUGAAAACAUUGAGAAGAUGUUCUCAAGAUUUCAAACGCUAACUGCUGGAUUAAGAGUUCUGGAUAAAGGCUACACCAAGGCUGAUCAUGUAAAGAAGAUUAUCAGAAGCUUACCCAGAAGAUGGGGUCCAAUGGUAACAGCAUUCAAGAUUGCAAAGAAUCUGAAUGAAGUUUCUUUGGAAGAGCUUAUCAGUGCCUUGAGAAGCCAUGAAAUAGAGCUGGAUGCAAACGAGCCUCAGAAGAAAGGUAAGUCUAUUGCAUUAAAAUCUAAUGUUAAAAAAUGCACUAACGCUUUUCAGGCUAAAGAAGAAGAUUCUGAAGAAUCAGAAUCAGAAGAAGAAGAUGAACUGUCCAUGAUCUCCAGAAGGGUAAACCAACUCUGGAAGAGCAAGCAUAGGAAGUUCAGAGGCUUCAGAAGUUCAAAGAGAUUUGAACGAGGAGAAUCUUCUGGUGACAGAAGAUCUGACAAGAAGAAGGCUGUCUGCUAUGAGUGCAAUGAGCCUGGACACUUCAAGAAUGAAUGUCCAAAACUUCAGAAGGAGAAUCCCAAGAAGAAGUUUCAUAAGAAGAAAGGUCUUAUGGCAACAUGGGAUGAUUCUGAAUCAGAAUCAGAAUCAGACUCUGAAGGAGAGCAAGCCAACUUCACGCUGAUGGCUACAGAAGAUGAUGGAUCAGAAUCUACAUCAGAAUCAGAUUCUGAAGAGGUAUUUUCUGAACUAUCUAGAGAAGAGUUAGUUUCCAGUUUAACAGAACUUCUGGAACUCAAGGCUCAUCUUAGUAUCAAAUACAAAAAGCUGAAGAAGCAGUUUGAAUUUGAAACUAAGAAGCUGGAAGUGGAAAACUCUUAACUGAAGGAAAAAGUUUUAAAUCUAUCCAAAGAUAGUGGAUCUCCUUCUGAAAUAGAAAAAUCCAUUCCGAGUCUCAAUCAUAUUCUGAAAGAAUAUGACUCGAGCUUCAGAAAGUUCUUAUCUAGAAGUAUUGGCAGAAGUCAUCUUGCUUCUAUGAUAUAUGGUGUUUCUGGAAACAGAAGGUUUGGCUUUGGCUAUGAAGGUGAUACCUCACAUAAAUUUGAACCUAUUGAUGAUCUGAAGAUCACAUACAAGCCAUUGUAUGAUCAGUUCAAAUAUGGCCAUGCACAUGAUAUUAGGCUCACUUCACAUGCACAGAGUUUUAACACUGUUCACACCAAGAAGCAUGUGACACAUCCUAAGAAAUAUCAUGCUGACAAACCUAAAGAAUAUCAUGCUGUUCCUCCUGUUAAAUAUUUUGCUAAACCCAAGUUCAAUCAGAACUUGAGGAGAACUAACAAGAAAGGACCCAAGAAAUUGUGGGUACAUAAGGAGAAGAUAAUUUCUGUUGCAGAUAUCCUUGGCUGCAAAGAGGACAAAAAGAAAAAUGUCAUGGUACCUGGACUUUGGGUGCUCGCGACACAUGACGGGAAGAAGGUCUACAUUCCAAGACCUGGUGCUUAAACCAAGUGGAGAAGUCAAGUUUGGAGGAGAUCAGAAGGGCAAAAUCAUUGGCUCUGGAACCAUAAGUCUUGGUAACUCUCCUUCCAUAACUAAUGUACUUCUUGUAGAAGGAUUAACGCAUAACUUAUUGUCCAUAAGUCAAUUAAGUGACAAUGGUUAUGAUAUAAUCUUCAAUCAAAAGUCUUGCAAGGCUGCAAGUCAGAAGGAUGGCUCAAUCCUAUUUACAGGAAAGAGAAAGAACAACAUUUAUAAGAUUGAUCUUUCUGAUCUUGAGAAGCAGAAGGUGACUUGUCUUAUGUCUGUUUCUGAAGAGCAAUGGGUCUGGCACAGAAGAUUAGGACAUGCUAGUUUGAGAAAGAUUUCUCAGAUUAACAAACUAAAUCUGGUCAGAGGACUCCCAAAUCUGAAAUACAAAUCAGAUGCUCUUUGUGAAGCAUGUCAGAAGGGCAAGUUCUCCAAACCUGCAUUCAAGUCUAAGAAUGUUGUGUCUACCUCAAGGCCGUUAGAACUCUUGCACAUUGAUCUGUUUGGCCCAGUCAAAACAACAUCUGUCAGAGGAAAGAAAUAUGGAUUAGUCAUCGUUGAUGAUUAUAGCCGCUGGACAUGGGUAAAGUUCUUAAAACACAAGGAUGAGUCUCAUUCAGUGUUCUUUGAAUUCUGCACUCAGAUCCAAUCUAAGAAGGAGUGCAAGAUCAUUAAGGUCAGAAGUGAUCAUGGUGGUGAAUUUGAGAACAGAUUCUUUAAGGAGUUCUUCAAAGAAAAUGGUAUUGCCCAUGAUUUCUCUUGUCCUAGAACUCCACAGCAAAAUGGAGUUGUAGAGCGAAAGAAUAGGACUCUACAAGAAAUGGCCAGAACCAUGAUCAAUGAAACCAAUAUGGCUAAGCAUUUCUGGGCAGAAGCAAUAAACACUGCAUGUUACAUUCAGAAUAGAAUCUCUAUCAGACCUAUUCUAAAUAAGACUCCUUAUGAUUUGUGGAAGAACAGAAAGCCCAACAUUUCUUAUUUCCAUCCUUUUGGAUGUGUAUGUUUUAUUCUGAAUACUAAAGAUCAUCUUGGUAAGUUUGAUUCUAAAGCACAAAAGUGUUUCCUUCUUGGAUAUUCUGAACGCUCUAAAGGCUACAGAGUAUACAAUACUGAAACAUUGAUUGUAGAAGAAUCAAUCAACAUCAGGUUUGAUGAUAAGCUUGGUCUUGAAAAACCAAAGCAGUUUGAGAAUUUUGCAGAUAUAGAUAUUGAUAUAUCAGAAGCUGUAGAACCAAGAAGCAAAGCUGCAGAAGCUGGUAGUCUCAGAAGCAGUGGAUCAGAAGAUCAAGUUGCUGCAUCUUUAGAGAAUCUCAGGAUUUCUGAAGAGCCAACAGUCAGAAGAUCACCCAGACUUGCAUCAGCUCAUUCAGAAGAUGUGAUUCUUGGGAAGAAAGAUGAUCCUAUCAGAACAAGAUCAUUUCUAAAGAAUGACUAUCAGAAGUAGUGAUCAGAAUUAGAAGAUGUACAGUCUUUUCAAAACAACACAGCUGUCAUCUAUGAGUAUCUAAAAAUGAACGUGUGUCCGUACGGUUAGUACAAAGCGUGCAGUUGAAAAGACGCCGACCUAGGUAACUGUGUUAAAUCAUUUCUUUUACCACGUUCUCUCACCUAACGUUAUUCAUCAUUUAAUGCAAUUGAUUUCCUUUGAUUAUGUAACUGUUCAAUCUCAAAAAAUUUAUUUUUUUUAAAUCCGUCUCUCUAAAUUCUUUUCAAAUCAUAUUGUUUAUCCUUUUCGCUCCCAUUCUCUCUUUCUUCUUGCAUUUUUUUUAACCCUAAACAAAAACCCAGAAUUUGUUCUUCUUAUUUGUUGGUUCUGCUUCAAUGGCUGCUUCUUCAUCUCAAAAUGUUGGUUCAUCUGCUCCUCUCCAUAUUCAAGAAGAAGAAAAUCAGUUCUCACUCCGGUUGUUGCGUGCUCCAUUCCUAAGGAUAAUUUGGAAGUUCUAUGUGAACUCAUGGUUGAUUUUGAUAACAUUGAAGAACACCUAUAUCAUCUUAAAGAAGAAAUCAUCUUUCAAGGAUGGACUUCACUGUUCGCUGAGUUCUGUGGACCAGUCUAUCCAGAUCUUGUCAAGGAAUUUUGGGUGCAUGCAGUUGUCGCCCCUAAAUCCAUCUUGUCUUUCAUCCAUGGAAAGUUUGUGGUAGUAACUGAGGACAUUCUAAGAAUGAUGUUUGAUCUGAGAAACGCCGAGGGGGCUUUUGAAAUUGAUCAAAGGGCUGACUGGCAAGUUGUGUUGUCUACUCUCUACACCAACGCAAAUAAAACAAAGCAUGUCAAGGACAUGAGACACCUCUACAAAAUCUGGACCAAGAUUCUUCUUGGGUGUUUCUAUCACAGGAAGAGUACGCAUGCUGCAGACUUCGUCAGCAAUGAGCAAAAAUACAUUCUGUAUUGCAUUGCCACUAAGAAGAAGGUUGAUGCUAUCUACAUUAUCUUCAACCAUAUGUGGAAGGCUGUGAGGGAUUCCAGAAAUGCCUUCAGAGAAAAAAGCUGUACCACCAUUCCUUUUGGUAGAAUCAUCAUAAAUCUUCUGGUUCAUUCCAAGAUUGUUGAGAACCUGGAAACUGAAGGUAUUAUCAAAGACCUUGCUGUCACCUCUGGGAGUUGCCUGAAUGCUCUCACUUUAAAGAAGAUGAAGGUGAUUGAUACUAUCAUCAAAACUCCCCAACCUCUUGCUGGAACAAGAAUCAGAAGAGAACCCGUUCUAGCUGAAUUUGAAACCUUCUUCAAUAGUGAGGUACCAGGAGUCAGAACUAGGUAUCUGAAGUCACUAAAAGAAGAUGAAGGUGUUAAAGAUCAAGAGAAAGGUGCUCCUGUUAAAGUAAACCGCAAGAAGGAAGGAAGGACCAAAAGAAAAUUUGAUCAUCCUUCUGUUAAUCAGGUGAAGGUAGUUCAGAAAGUUGCUGCUACCACUGAGAAAGAAGUGGUUCCAGAAGAAGUCAUUGCAAAAAUUGUCAAGGCUGUCUCUGUUGAUUUUGAAAAGAAUAAGAAGGAGGCUGAGAAGAAGAAGAAGUCAAAUAACAAUGCUGAGAUUGUUAAAGUUGUUGAGAAGGAGAAAAUCAGAAAAAGGAAGUUAAUAAUUCAUGACUCCGAUGAAGAAGAGGUUGUUCAAGAGGCUGUUAAUCAGCAGGAAGCUAUGGAGACCGUCAGAAGGAGAGAAAUCUCUCGCGGCAAAACAAAGGUUGUUGAAGAGCCGAAGGGUAAGAAGCAGAUGAAGCUUGAGGCUGUGGUCAAAGCUGUUCAGAAGGUAUCCAAAGGUAUACAUAUCUCUGAACCUGAUUCUACUUCCUCUUUUCGUUCAGAAGUUGCAUCAAUAGCGGUUGCCCCUAUCCCUGAACCAGAAACAGCCCCAUCAGAAUCACCUAUAAACAUCCAUGUUCUUACACCUCCAUCUUCUCCUGUAACCAUUCCUUCUUCUCCACCCACCAUCAAUCCUGUUUUGGAUAUACCACCCCUUCAAACUCUCUUUCCACCUCACACAAAUAUCUCCAUCUCUCAACCUCCUCCCCAUGCAAACUUUGAAUCCAUUCCUUCCACCUCUCAAAACAACCAAAGUGUUUCUGAUCUUCCAAACUCUGCAUCACAUGAGCAACUGCUCCGUUUCUGCAACUACACUCCAAAGCCUCGUCCUGAAGCUGAACUGGUUGUGUUAGAGUCUGAUAAUGAAGCAGAAUCUUCUUAUAGGUUGGAUAGAGAGCCUCAACCCUAUUCUGUCCCCAACCCUGUUUCUUCUCGAACCAUUAUAAAAUCCCGCCUAGUCUACCCUAUUGGUGUAACUUUUGAAAAGGUAAAGAGGAAUCUCAGAAGUAUCUUUGAUAUCCUCAGAAUUGCUGAAAGUUCUGGCUUGAAUAACGUCGCUAUGCGGAAGUUCUGGAGAAUCUUAUGCAGAGAAACAGAUGCUUACUUUAUAGAACUUCGGGAAGCUUGUGUAGAAGCUGCUCCACGGCCUCGUGGAAUUCUGAGAAGUUAUGAAGAGUUCUGGUUUGCUCGUCUCGGAGGGAGAUAUACCUUGGAAGAUAAGCAGUUUGUGGAUGAAUUGGAAGAAGUAAGACUUGCUGCUGCAAUGGAAGCUAACCCUUGCAGGGAAAUUGUGGUCUGGAGACCUCAAUAUCCUGUUCUGCUCGGAGACUUCAAGACUCUCUUUGACUUUCUGAGGGAAAACCCUUCUAAGAAAGACCCAAGCUUGGUCAUUCCAGAAGUUGUUGACCCACCAGAAGUUGAAGGUCCUUCUGCCCCUAGGAAUCUAGCUGCCAUUCUUCAGGCACUUGAGAAUGGAGAUUCUGAGAUUCCGGCUACAGAAUAUGAAGAUGCUUCUAUGCAAGAAGCAGAUGUAGAAGAUCGUGUUGCUGAAACAGUUCCUGUUGAGGAAAACCCUGCAAAUGAUCUAUCAAUGGAAGCUACAUAUCACAAUGCCAUCCCUGUGGAUAAAAGCUGUGAAGCUUCUUCUGAUGAACCUUCCCGUCUUGCAAGGACUCUGGAAGUUAUUCAGAAGAACCAGGAUGAGCAAAGCUCAAUCAAUGCUGAGUUUAGAGCUUUCAUGGAGAGGCAGAAUGAGCACAACAAUGGGGUUCAAGAUAUGCUGGCCAAGAUCUUGUCGAAGCUAGGGUCAUCUUAGUUUGAGUCUUAGUUGUUUUGUUUUCGUUUUUUGCUUUGCUGCAUCUGUUUUGUGCAUCUUCUCUUGCUUAUCCUCUUGUACUUCUGUACUUCUGUCUUUUUGAGCCUAAAUGAAAAUUAUCUUUUUCUUCCAUCUGUUUCCUUUUGUUUUUCAUCUGAAUCUUUUAUGUUUUUGAUGUUAUGACAAAAAGGGGGAGAAAUGUGAUAAAUGAUCUGAUUAAUAUUAUCAGUUACCGGGUAAAAAGGCCCCACAUUGCUAACAAAACUUGCAAAGUUCUAUGCUUUAAGUUUUGUUGUUGCAGGAAUUGAAGGUCCUCUUCAAGGAGAAGCAAUUCUAAAGAAUCAAGCUCUUGGAUUCUUGAAGCAAGCUGAGUGCUAUGAAGUUUCAGAAUCAGAAGCAAGAAGCAAGAAGGAAGAAUGUUCAGAUAUUCUGAUGAUAGAAUAUGCUCUGAAACAUUAUGUCCAUUUGUUCUGAUACAUAUUAUGUGGCUCUGAUACAUAUUAUGUGUUCUGACUCAUUCAUGCUGACUUUUGUCGAUUAGCUUUGUUCUGUAACAUUUCAGGAUGUAGAGAUGUGUUAUACCCCAAAAUUUGCCCGCAUCAUUUUUCAAGAAAACUCCAAUCUGAAAAUUAAGAGUCUCAUAUAAUCAUGGAUUUGACUUCAACAAAUAUCCUGACAUAUGAAAUACUUAGUUUUUAGAAUUUUUCUUAUACAGUAAUGUGGCUUGCAGUUGAAUUUAUUCUUACGCAAACGCCAAAUACUGUUUAUUACUUCACACAUGCUAUUUAUUUAUUUACAGAUAAAUAGUACUCACACAAUUGGUACAAAGUUAAAUCUUUUUGCAGGCGCAGAAUCAGGAAACUCAGACUGUACUGGUAACAGUCAGUUGACAGCCAAACUGCUGGCAGUACAAUUCUCAGUGAUUUGUACCAUCAAUCAAAUCAAUCUUUUGCAAUUCAAAAUUCCAAGAUUUUUGUUCUAGAAGUCUUCUGAAUAUCACGCGAUUAGCAGAGACUCAACACUGCACAAAAAUCAGGUACGCUUAACUGUCUCCUACAUAAACAGUCCCUGACUAGGGUUUUCUUGUUUUUACAGGAGAAACAAGUUUUUGAGACCUCAAAUGGAUUUCAUGCACAUCCAUACAUCUCAAAGUACCAUCAUACAAAUUUUCAAACUUCAAUUCACUCAGACGCACCGUCAGCAGCUCAAACAGUCAACAGACGAUCCGUUUGACCAAAAAGUCAACAGACAGUCAAAAAUGAAUUUUUUUUGUCAAAAUCCAUAUUUUGUCAAAGGAUUCAUCAUUUGAUCAUUGGAUGAUCAUAAUUCAUCAAGGAAAGAUCAAAAAUCAACAAAACCCUAAGAUUCAAAAUUAGGGUUUUUACCUGAAAAGUCAACUCAACUUUGACUGGUCAUAACUCUCUCAUCCUUCAUCCAUAAAAUUCAAACCAAAGCUCAUUUUGAAGGAAAUUCAAUUAUCUUUCAAAUGCCAUUGAUCCCAUGGUCAUUGGAUUCACCAUUUGAAAAAUAUGAUCAAAGACAUUACAGGUCAUUUUCAAAGUCAACAAAAAGAUACUUUUUUCAAAAGGACACACAAGGAGCAUCAAAAAUCAUUUUGACAUGAGACCAAAGGCAUUGGUUAAAGGACUCUUUGAGGUUUCCAAAAAGUGCAAGAUCUCCUUCAUAUGACAAAAAUUGAGGGAUUUACACCUUGUUGAAGUUGGCUAAAUUUUGGAAAAUGCAUAAAACCAACAUUGCUCAAAAAUGCAUUUUUUCCAAAAGGGGCCAAGUUUUCAUGGUUCAAACAUCAUUUCCAUAAUAUUAUGGGCCUCCCACGACCAAGACUAAGCCCAUAACAUUUUUCAUCCAUUUUUGCUUGAUUUUUUCUUAUUUUAAGAUUAAAUUAAAAGGAAAAAUGAAAGGAUAAUGGAUAGCUUGAAUUCCAAGCAUGACUCAUCAAUAUGACUCAUUCAACUCUGUCUCAAGGCAAAGUACAACAGAGGGAGAGAAGAAAAUCAAGCCAUAGUGGCUUAAAUGCCAAGCUACAUAUGUGGAAAAAGUCAAGAUUCUAGCAAAAGCACUUAUUGCUUUCUAGCUUUGAUUUUAAGCACCUCAAUGCUUAUAAAUAGACUCCAAUACUUCAGUAAUAUAGGGAGACAAGUUCAGAAACAAAGCCUUGCUCAUAACACACUUGUAACCACUUGGAACUUUUUGAAAGAAAUUCAAAAUUCGAAUUUUAGUUUCUAACUAGUUUCAGUUCAAACUAAGCAUUCAAACAUCAUCCUUGAACAUCAAUAAACGUAUCCCAAUCAAUUGCAAGCCUUGAAGCUCACUAAAUCGAGCUAUACAGGCCAUAAUUUGUUCGAACCUAAAUCAACUCGUAUCUGGUUAUUCACGCAUGCUUAACAAGAUGUAGACAUAUAUUUGAGUUUGGUUUGAUGUGUAGAUCAUUUCUGGAAACUUAAUUGAAGUUUGAACACGUAUACACGAAACUACCAUUUUAGGGUUCUUCAUCUCAAAAUUAGGGCUUUCCAAAUUAGGCAAAAUUACAAGUUCAAACAUGUCCCAUUGAAUUCGUAUGGACCAGACGAAUUCAACCAUGGCAUCGCGCCAGAUUUAUAUCACGUUUUACUUGUAUUCGCUAUUUUUUGCAGGUGUAAUAGGUGGGAGCUUUUACACCACCUGCAAACGCAAGGUGUAAAAGGGUGGUUCUGAUGAAGAAGAUGAUGCGUGGCUCCUCCCUAUUGGCCAGGGCGCGCGCGUUUUUUUUUUAAAAUAACUUCUGAUCCUGUGCUUUGCAGUCCACGCUUUUGCCAUGUGUCUCAAUUUAAUCACCUUCUGAUCCACUUGCCAGCUCAUCCUGCGUACCAGACACGCUAGCCCAUGAUAUAGACUCUCAAUCCAACCACACCUGAUCCGUAUCCUUUUAUUUUCUAUUUUAUUUUAAUUUUCUUUGUAAAAUUAAUUAAAAAUAGUUUCAAAAAUCCAAA